UGGUGUUCAUGCGUCUAAAUAUUUGGAAUUAAAUCUUUUAAUUAAAUAUGACUUAUCUUUAAUUAUUGAAGAUAACAUUUAUAAUGUACUAAAUUGGAGAGUUGAACAGUAAAAUAAUACAUUGGAUAAAAUAAACUCCACGUGCGCUGAAUAAUGUUUAUGACGAAAUCGAAACUUAAGAGGAGAGUGAGGAAGUUGUGAUGUGAGGGCGGAACAGGCCGAUUGACGUGUUGUGUUCAGCGGCGGUUUUCUGUGAUCUCUGUGAACGUUAGAAAGGUUUUCCUGAAUGAUUCCUCAUGGAUUCGAUGAAUUACGUAGGAAAGCUCAAAGAGUAUGCAGACCAAGAGCGCGUGACCGUGAACUACGAGGACAUCGGAUCUGAUGGACCCGAUCACAUCCGAAGUUUUACCAUAAGGGCAGUUGUGAAUGGAGACGCAUACCCUGAAGGAGUCGGAAGUAACAAGAGAGAAGCAAAGAAGAAUGCUGCAAAAAAUGCUUGGAUGUCCCUGAUGAAACAAUCAGUGGAUUCUUCAAAGACAGAAAAUGAGAAAAAGAGUACCCACUACGUCAGCUGGCUCUACCUCUUUGCCCAGAAGAGCAAGCUGGUUGUGAAGGCUGUGGAGUCGCUCAAUGUUGGAGCUGUUUUUUCUUCUCAGAUGUGCUAUUUUGUGGUUGGAGAUAAGGAGUAUCCACAUGCCUCAGGAAAAACAAAGAAGGAAGCCAAGGAGGAAGCUGCUAGGCUGGUUUAUGUGGAGAUGUUUGGCAGUGAAAGCAUGGAUACUGGACUUGGAAAAGAAAGUUUCACGUCUCCUGAGCAAAAACAACCGUUGGAUGAAGCUGCUUCAGACAUCGGUGAUCAGAUGAAGAACUUAAGCAUAAAGACUGAGGACGGCGGCUUCAAACAAACCAACUUUAUAGAAGCGAUAAACCUCUACUGUCAGCAGAAAAAGCUGAAUCAGACAUACGUUGAAGAGAGCAGAGCAGGUCCUUCUCAUAACCCUACAUUUUUCUAUAAAUUACUCCUCAACAAGCAGGAGUUUCCUGUGGGUGAAGGGAGGAGCGUCAAGGAAGCAAAGCAGAAGGCCGCUCAGCUGGCCUGGUCCAUAAUAAAAGAGCAAUCAGAAACUUCAUUCAGUGGGAGAGCAGCACCCUCCACACCAACAAGCCCAAAGGACUCUGGACAAGUGCAUUCAAACAGUGGAAGUGACUGGAUUGAGUUUAAAAAUUCAACACCGCCUCGCAAGAUUCAGGGACGGACUCCUGAUUCAAGACCUAAAGUUAGACUUGCAGCAAAAUUUGAAAGAGCACUUUCUCAGAGUAAAGAGGAUGGAAUAAAUUUUAAAAACAAGUGUAAAGGAGAAACUGCGACUGAAGAAGCACAAACUCCUUUGAUGAACGGCAGGCUUAGGAAGGAGUAUGACCUCAAGGAAGCUCUGGGUAGAGGACAUUUUGGUUUUGUCUAUAAGGCAAAACAUAAACUGGAGGGGAAGGAUUGUGCUUUGAAGAUAGUGCGCUACAAAGAAGAAGCUCGACGAGAGGUAAAGGUGCUGUCAGACCUCAACCACUGUAACAUCGUUCGCUACUACACAUGUUGGAUAGAAGAUUCUGCUCCCCAGUGGGACGGUUCAACAGAGAGCAGCUCCUCCGCACAGUAUGUCUCCAUUCUGGAGUUAUCUCUUUUUUUAUUUGCCACCAUUUAAAUCGCAUUGUAUUUCUUGUGUCUUCCUCUCAGAUCUUCCAGUGACUUGCCUGUAUUGUACCUCUACAUUCACAUGCAGCUGUGUGACACCAAAACAUUGAGAGCGUGGAUAGAUGAGAAGAACAAGCAGGACCCAAAGAAAUCUCUACGAGAUCCUAAAAGAAGGGAGGAAAGUCUAACCAUUGCCCUGCAGUUAGUGAAUGGAGUGGAGUACAUUCACUCCAUGACGCUGAUCCACAGAGACCUGAAGCCUGCAAACAUCUUGUUUGAUCUAAAUGGAGGAGUGAAGAUUGGAGACUUUGGCCUGGUCACAGCUGAGAUUGAAGAUGAUGCUGAGAACCAGAAGGACAGAAGUGAGUACAAAGGGACCCCGUCUUACAUGGCUCCUGAGCAGAAAAGCCGAACCCCUUAUACUUAUAAAGUAGAUAUAUUCGCCCUGGGCCUGAUCUAUUUCGAACUCCUUUGGAACCUCCCAACUUUUCACGAAAGGAAAGAGAUUUGGAAAGAAUUAAGAAAACAAAAUUUUCCUGAGAAAUUUCGAAGUCACUUUUAUGAGGAGAGCCAAAUGGUUAAAUCAAUGCUGUGUGUUCAACCAAAGGAUCGACCAGAAGCCAGUAAGCUGAAGGCGGACUUGGAAAAAUGGAAGAGAGACCUUGAACAACUCAAAACUAUGGAACGUGAUAGUAGAACUUUGUUCACGGCGAUGGAAUCUAGAAAAUUCGUGUCUGAAUUGAACGAGUUUGCGCAGAAAGAACGGCUCGUGCUGCGUUUUGAGGACGUUAACAGGGAAGGAGAGGAACACAACAAAAUAUUCACUCAGAGAGUCAUUCUAGAUGGAACAGCCUACCCAAAUGGUGUUGGGAAAACCAAGAAGGAUGCCAAGCAGAAAGCAGCGUUUGAAGCCCUGAAAUGUCUGUUUAAGGAUAAGUACCAGGACUCAGAGACAGAAGUUUCUGCAUCGCCUAAGCCGACGAACAUAAACUAUAUCUGCUGGCUGAACCAGUACGGUCAGAGGAACAGGGUGGGCGUGAAGCCCGAGGAGACACAAAAAGCUGGAAAAUUCUGGUAUAGGUUUGUGAUUGGUGAUAGAAAAUACCCAGAGGUCUCUGGGAUAUCCAAGAGGGAAGCUAAGGAGAAUGCAGCAAUGAUGGUAUAUGACAUUCUGAAUAGCAACAACGCUUCAGAGACUACGGAAGGCCAAAGUGAGAAGUUAAACCAAAGUUUGGAUGAUAGUUGGACCCAUUCCAGUCUGAGCUCUAUGGAGCUCCCAGACACUAAUUUCAUUGGUCUUCUCAACAACUACCAACAGAAGCACAAAUGCAACCUUUUAUAUAUUCCGGUGAACAGAUGUGGUCCUCCCCACGCCCCACAAUUUUUCCACAAAGUGGUUAUUGAUGGCCAUGAAUACCCCACUGCUGAGGGAAACACUGCAAAGGAAGCCAAGCAAAAUGCUGCCAGAAUGGCCUGGUCUGCUCUGCAGGAGCAGUCAGACUGGGACAGUAAGACGUCUUCCAAGUCAAGUGGAUCUGAAGAUGACACACCACAGUCUUCUAAUGAGCCAUCAGCAGAAAAGAUGCAAAACAGUGAAAGUGAAUCAAUAAUAUUUGCUGAUUCAUCAAACUCUUCCAAAGCUGAGAAUAAUGUUGGAACCAGAGGUGCAGAAAAUGAAUCUGUCCCCAAGUCAAGAUUUGAACAGGAGUUUGUCAUCUUGGAUCAAAUUGGGAAAGGAGGGUUUGGCCGUGUUUACAAAGUAAAAGAACGGUUGUUGCAGAAGGAAUACGCAGUAAAAAUUGUGUCUGGAACAGAGAAGGCUAUUCAAGAGGCAGCGAUUCUGUCAGAUCUCCAGCAUAAUAAUAUAAUCCGUUAUUACACUGCUUGGAUGGAGGAUUCACUGUAUUUCGAUGAUGUCACUCAAGCCUCCACUGAGUCUGCAAGCACCUCAUGUGAAAAGUUCCUCUUUAUUAAGAUGGAAUUGUGUUCCUCUGAGACACUUAAGGAUUGGAUUAAAAAGAAGAACUGUGAAGAUCUGCAGGCCAAUCAGAGAAGAGAGGAAAGUCUCCCUAUAGCUCUGCAAAUAGUGGGUGGAGUUGAGUACAUUCACAACAGACGUCUUAUUCACAGAGACCUUAAGCCAGCAAAUAUCAUGUUUGGAAUGGAUAACGAGGUGAAGAUCGGAGACUUUGGGUUGGUCACCAAGGAAGUGGAAGAUGAUGGGAAAGAUAUGGAGAGAACCAAGACGGGAACCCCAAUCUACAUGGCUCCUGAGCAAAAGAGUGGGAUCUAUGGACAGAAAGUGGACAUGUUUGCUUUGGGGUUGAUCUUCUUCGAGCUUCUGUGGAAGCUGUCGACCGGCCAUGAAAGAGCUCAGAUUUGGAAUGAUGCAAGAAGCAAGAUUUUUCCCAGCAAGUUUUCAGAAACUUUUCCCGAGGAGUACUUAAUUAUCAAGUCCUUGCUGUGCGAAACGCCAGAAGAGAGACUUGAAGCGACAGCAGUGAAGGCUAAGCUGGAAAAGUUUCUGAAUAAUUUGAAAAUGGCCAAGGAGAUGGAGAACAAUCACACCGUCUGAUUCUCCAUUGUAAAAUACUGUUUUCAAAUGUGGAAAAAGUGUUUUAAAAAGUUCAUCUGGACUAGGAUUAAGGUUGUGUAAGAAUUACUUCACUACUAAGUGCAAUUUAUAUUACAUUCAGCAUUUUUAGGGUGUCCGAAUCUACAAUUCCAAAAUUCAGUGCCCUUGAAACUUCCCAGAAGUCUCUACAAAGAUAACAGUAUGUGCUGUAGUUUGGACCACAAUGCAUUGCAUUUAAAGCCAUGUGGAAGAAAAUUAAAUUUUGUGUAUAUUUUAUAAAUUAGAACAAACUGGAUUCAUAAAUAGUAUGUCGCAAAAUGUUCAUAUUUAUUCGAAUUUUACUUUUCAUAAUUGCCAUUUGAGAAAAAUAGUGAACAUGAUGUCCGAACUGCUUUUAAAACCCAGGGCACUUGAUAUUCCUGCUUGAACUAUAUCAUUUUUAGUCAUUUGGGAGUAGUGACUGAAUUUGGACAGAACCUAGACUUCAAAAUCUUUUUUUUUUCCUUCUCUGGAAUGAUCCUGGAUGAAUGACAGUCUUAAAGGGGCCCUACCAUGAUUGUAUUAGGAGUGCCGCGGAAAAAGUAACAAUGAAGACAGGACACAACUGGAAUAUAUACGGUAUUCUGCAUCUAAAAUGAACGUUUUUUUUCCCCGCUGAUUAUCACUGGUAAGGGGAUAAAUUGAAUGUAGUGUAAGCCGGGGGG